AUGUCUGAUUUUGAUCCUAAAUAUUUUUCUCGAGAAGAAAUUAAACAAUUUGGGACUAUUUUAGAACGUUUAAGGGAAUUCGAAAAAUCUGUAGCACAAACCCUCAGAAAAAUGGAAUCUAAAAUUGAGGAGAUUGAUAAAGCUGAAAUAAAAAAUAAAAAUAGUAUAACUGCUACAAAAGGAAAUAUCACAAAAUUAGGAAAUAAAAUCAUGGGGAGAAUUGUCGAAAUAGAAAGAGUAUUAAAAAUUGAUGAAAAUUUAGACGAUUCUAACAGUGGUGAUGAAUUCCAGGAGACAAACGAUGAGCCAGAAGUAAGGAUCUCUGAUCCCUUUUUAAAUAAUGGUGUAUAUGUCGGUAAUUUUGAUGGACGUGUUGUCUUUGGUAACUACAGAGUUAACCGAACAACAAAAAAUACUCCGCCUUCGAUUCUGUCUUUCAGGACAAGCUAG